UGCUCCUGUGUUCAGUGAUGGCGUCCGCUGGUCUGAGAGAGGAGCUGACCUGCUCCGUCUGCCUGAGCGUUUACACCGAUCCCGUAACCCUGACAUGCGGACACAGCUUCUGCCGGGUCUGUAUUGGGAACGCGCUGGACACCCAGGAAGGAUCUGGAGUUAAUUCGUGUCCUGAGUGCAGAGCAGAGUUUCAGGAACGUCUUGUGAUGGAGAAGACCAGGAAGCUCUGUAACAUAAUAGAGACUUUCCUAUCUACUCACCCAGCGCAGGAGGACGUUGGGGUCUCCUGUACUUACUGUGACUCUCCUGUACCUGCUGCUAAAACCUGUCUGCUGUGUGAAGCUUCUCUGUGCGAGAAACACUUACAGAAACACAGCAAGUCCCCGGAACAUGUCCUAACGGAACCCACCGCUUCACUGGAGAGCAGAAAAUGCUCCGUCCACCGGGAGAUCCUGAAAUAUUACUGCACCGAGGAUGCUGUCUGUAUCUUUGUGUACUGCAGGGUGGUCGGAGAGCACAGGGGACACCAGGUGGAGACUCUGAAUGAAGCCUCUGAGAAGAAGAAGGAGGAACUGAGAAAACUUCUCCAGAAACUGACCUCAACGCGAGAGGAGACAGAGAAACGAGUCCAGAGUCUGCAGGAGUGCAGGACAGAAGUGCAAGAAAAAGCAGCUGCAGUAACAGAGCGAGUCGCGGCCCUGAUUAGAGACAUCAGGGAACAGCUGGAAGCUCUAGAGAAGAGAGUCCUGAGUGAGAUCUCCCGGCAGGAAGAGCAGGUCUUACUCCGAGUCUCAGAUCUAAUCCAGCAGCUGGAAAUAAAGAAGGAGGGACUGUCCAGGAACAUACAAGACAUCGAGGAGCUGUGCAACAUGACUGACCCAAUAACUGUCUUACAGGAACUGGAAUCAGACAGAACUGACUUUCGUGAUCCUGAGGAGGGAGAUAUUGAGAGUGAUGAGGAUGAAGAGGAUACUGAGGAGGAAGAUAUUGAGAGUGAUGAGGAUGAAGAGGAUACCGAGGACAGAGACAUUGAUGAUCUGGAUGAGGGUCUGAUCUCAGUGAUUUUACACACAGGUUUAGCUGGUAUUGUGACCGCUGCAAAGAGACGUCUCGAUGCUCCUCAGGCUUCAGACAUAUUACUGGAUGUAAACACGGCUGGUAAUCGUGUAGAUGUAUCAGGUGACUUCAAAACUGUAUCCUGGUCAGAAAUAAACCAGAGUCACCCAGAAACACCAGAGAGAUUUCAGGAUUGUGCUCAGGUUUUAAGCACCAGGAGCCUCUCCUCAGGGAGACAUUACUGGGAAGUGGAGGGCAGUAAAUCAGGGGAAUGGGUUGUCGGGAUGGCCUAUCCCAGUACAGACAGGAGUGGAGAUCAGUCAGUGAUUGGAUAUAAUAAGAAGUCCUGGGGUUUGUGGAGGUGGUUGGAUGAUCAGUAUUUAGUGAGACAUGACAGUAAAGUAAUCCGGUUAUCUCACCGCCCGUCCUGUCAGAGGUUGGGGAUAUUCCUGGACUAUGAGGCCGGGCGGCUGUCCUUUUAUGAGCUGUGUGACCCGGUCAGACACUUACACACCUUCACUGCCACCUUCACUGAGCCGCUUCACGCUGCGAUCUGGGUAGAGGAUAACUCCUGGGUGAGGAUCCGGAGCUGGGAUUAAUGAUCGCUGUGUAACUGAUCUGCCUGGUAACCAGUGACAGCUCAGAGAAGGGAAAUCUGAUUGGUUACAAAGCAACUUAAUAACCCCUUCUGCACCAGAGCUAUUUAACUCCCCAUCUUAAAAUCUAU